AUGGAUGAAGACGGUCGCCGAAGCCCUGAUCCGGGCCAGGACCAUGGCCAUCGUGGUCAUCGCGGAUCCAAUGCCAAUGGCAAUGGAAACAGCAAUGGCAAUGCGCGCCGUUCGCUCUAUCGCAUGAGCUCUAACCAGAGCAGAUCCAGCAUUUUCGAAGAUGUGGAGAUGGCGCAUGAAGAGCUUUUCUCCGGACCUGUUGCCGAAAGUCUUCCCACCAGUGUAUCCGCUUUCUCCCACCGAAGACCUCGCGCCGAUUCGACCGCCAGCUUCACGUACUACGAUGACGAGAACGAAGGUUUCCCCGACGAUGAUGAUGCUGAAAGCGUAGCCGUGCAAAGCAUUGCUGGCGACUAUAUCCGACGAAGCGUCUCAGAUAUCGGAGACUUGGAAUUUGGAGUGGAUGAUACUGAGGAAUACGAUGAAUCCCCGGAGCGCGACUACCGUAUUUCUGAGGACGAUUACGUUUUGCGCCGACACUCAUCAGUAUAUUCUCGUCAUUCGGUCAACGCACAUCUUUUGCGACGAGAUAGCACAGCUACUCAUGGUAGUUUCCGUCGGCAAGGACGUACCAGCCAAAAGGUUUAUUUGGCCAACGAAGAUCUCACAAUCGUCAUUGCAGGUUUCAAAACGAGCAAGAUCGGAUCUGCGAUAUACAUCACACUCUGUAUUCUUACUUGUGGUCUCGCCUACCUGCUCUUUCGAUGGCUGCCCCGGUGGUAUGUCGGUCUUCUUGGACAAGCAACUCCUCUUGGGGAAUGUGAAUGGGUUGUUAUAGAAAACCAGUGGGGAGAGCUCAUUACCAUGGAUGUUCGAUCUCAAAUUUAUGGCAGGCCGCUAUCAAGUAUCUUCGGCUUACCGGAAAAGUACUACUCGGAUGCCAUGGAUGAGGAUGUCGACCCCAUAGUUGACGACCUUCGCACUCUGGACUAUCGCUACAUUCGACUAUGCUUCCAUCCGCUCAAGGAUAAGUUUAUGCUCUUCAGUGGCUGGAAAGAUCCCAAUUGGACCGACGUUCGACUGACACGUGCCGGACUGGAUACCGAUGAAAAGGGUGUUCGUGAAGUUGUCUUCGGAAAUAACCUCAUCGAUAUUGAGCAAAAGUCAACCGGGCAGCUUUUGGUGGACGAAGUUCUCCACCCUUUCUACGUUUUCCAAAUCGCAAGUCUGGUACUGUGGUCGAUGGACAGUUACUACUAUUAUGCAGUGGCUAUUUUCCUCAUGUCCGUUGGCAGUAUCGCAGCCACGCUCAUUGAAACUCGGGCUACGAUGAAACGACUACGUGAGAUUUCACGGUUCGAAUGCGAUGUGCGAGUCCUCCGAAAUGGCUUCUGGCGAUUUAUCAGCUCAAGCGAUCUGGUUCCUGGAGAUGUCUACGAGCUAAGCGAUCCCAGCUUGACUCAGCUACCCAGCGACAGUCUUUUGCUUACUGGAGAUUGCAUCGUUAACGAAAGUAUGCUAACAGGCGAAUCGGUUCCUGUCUCAAAGAUUCCAGCAACCGAUGAAACUCUGCUUGCAAUGGACUUGGCUGCAUCGUCUGUUACCCCUGAGACUGCACGACAUUUCCUCUUUUGUGGUACCAAAAUCAUCCGCGCCAGAAGGCCUCAGGAGGACCAAGGGGACGACGCUGUUGCGCUCGCCCUCGUUGUCCGGACUGGUUUCAAUACCACAAAAGGUGCACUGGUCCGGUCAAUGCUGUUCCCUAAGCCAUCUGGAUUCAAGUUUUACCGCGAUUCAUUCCGUUACAUCAGUGUAAUGGCUAUCGUUGCUGCUAUUGGUUUCAUGGCUUCUCUGGUAAACUUUAUCCGACUUGGCCUCGCAUGGCAUCUCAUCAUCAUUCGAGCGCUCGAUCUCAUCACUAUUGUUGUGCCUCCUGCUCUGCCUGCUACGCUCACAAUCGGAACCAACUUUGCUCUGAAUCGGCUGAAGAAGAAACAAAUCUUCUGUAUCAGCCCACAGCGAGUUAAUGUUGGUGGAAAGAUUGACAUCAUGUGUUUUGACAAGACAGGAACAUUGACCGAAGAAGGACUGGAUGUUCUUGGUGUUCGUGUUGUUGACCGCGACUCCAACAAGUUCAGUGAGAUUGUGACUGAACCCCAGAUGUUGCUAGCCGAAGCCACACGACAGAACGCACAGGAUACCUACCGCGCUGCACUGCACACUAUGGCCACCUGUCACUCUCUACGAUCUGUCGAUGAUGAGCUUGUCGGCGACCCACUGGACCUCAAGAUGUUCGAGUUCACUCGCUGGACGUAUGAAGAAGGGAAACAGAAUGUCUCCGACGAAGACGAAGAGCAAGGUGGUUUGGCACCUUCUGUUGCGCGACCUCCUAACGGCAACGUCGAGCUUGGCGUACAAAAAUCAUUUGAAUUUGUCUCCCACCUACGACGUGCUAGUGUAAUUGUUCGUCCGUUCGGCCAGAAGAGUGGUGAUAUUUUUGUCAAGGGAGCCCCUGAAGCUAUGAAGGAAAUUUGCCGCCCCGAAAGCUUCCCCGAGGACUACGAUGAGUUGCUCUCUUGGUAUACUCACAAGGGUUAUCGUGUUAUUGGAGUUGCCAGCCGUCAUCUUAAGAAGCUCAGCUGGGUCAAAGCCCAAAAGAUGACUCGAAAUGAAGUCGAAAGUGACCUCGAUUUCGUUGGUUUCAUCGUUUUUGAGAACAAGCUCAAGCCCACAACUGCAGCGGUAUUAGAAGAGCUUCUGGCCUCCAACAUUGGCGCAGUUAUGGUGACAGGUGACAACAUCUUGACAGCCAUUAGCGUCGCACGAGAGUGUGGUCUCAUGGAUCGCGAGGCACAUUGUUUUGUGCCACGCUUUAUCGAAGGCGAUUUCCGGGAUGCUGCAGCUAAGAUUGAAUGGGAGAGUAUCGACAACAACAUGUAUCAUCUCAACGACAAGACCUUGUUGCCUUUGCCACCACCUCCAGAAGCUGAUGCUUCGCUGCCUUUCGAAAUCACCAACCUCCGUAACUACACCUUGGCUGUCAGUGGUGAUGUUUUCCGGUGGAUGAUUGAUUAUGCCUCGCCCCAGGCUCUUCAACGGAUGCUCAUCAACGGAAAAGUCUUUGCUAGAAUGUCUCCUGAUGAGAAGCACGAGUUGGUUGAGAAGCUGCAGAGCAUUGAUUACACUUGCGGUUUCUGUGGUGAUGGAGCAAACGAUUGUGGUGCUCUGAAGGCUGCGGAUGUCGGCAUCUCUCUGUCUGAAGCAGAAGCUUCUGUGGCAGCCCCUUUCACUUCCCGAGUAUUCGACAUUCGCUGUGUUUUGGAAGUCAUCAAGGAGGGCCGCGCUGCGCUGGUGACAAGUUUCAGUUGCUUCAAGUACAUGAGUUUGUACUCGGCAAUUCAGUUCACAUCAGUCACAUUUCUCUAUGCCCGCGCAUCGAACUUGGGAGAUUUCCAGUUCCUUUUCAUUGAUCUUGCUCUCAUUCUUCCCAUUGCCAUCUUCAUGGGCUGGGCAGGACCGGCACCCCGACUCUGCCGCAAGCGUCCCACCGCGGACUUGGUGUCGCGCAAGGUUCUUACGCCUCUUUUGGGAUUCAUGCUUAUCUGCAUUGCUUUCCAGACCGUGACUUACAUCACUGUUAAGGAGCAGUCCUGGUACAUCCCUCCAGUGGUGCACAAGGACGAGCCCAGCAUUGAGAACUCGCAAAACACCGCACUCUUCUUAUUCUCCUGCUUUGAGUACAUCCUGUCCGGUGUUAUCUUGAACGCAGGUCGUCCAUUCCGUCAACGAACUACGCAGAACUGGCCAUUCGCGGCAACUAUUUUCAUCGCCCUUUUGAUCACUGUUUACAUGAUUUUGACGCCUGCCGAGUGGGUCAAGAAUCUCAUGCAGUUGACAGGUAUGAGCUGGGACUACGAACUGUUCCUAAUCGCGUUGGGUGCUGCCUACUUUGUUGUGGCCUGGGCAUUUGAGCACUUCCUCGCCCUAAAGCUGGCUCGUCUUAUUGGAACCAUCCAGCAGUCAGUGACAGGAAAGGGUAAGAAGCGCAAGGAGUACAAGGUGAUUGCGGAAUCAUCACGGAUUUAA